CCCCGCGGCCCCGUGAUGGGCUCCUGCGUGUCGCGAGGCCUUUCUGACUCAACUCCUGACCACCCCCCACUCCUGGUGGCUCCUUACCCCAGAGGCUGUCUUCAGAGUCCCUGUACCCCAUGGCAGGUGGAGGUCAUUGCAGAUCUGUUCACAAGUGCCCACAAAGACUGCCCCAUGCCGCAGGGCACAGGCCCUCUGCGCCCAGACUGGCCCACCGGCAGCCCAGCCAUGGUUGCCCCCGACCACGUCACUGGCAAGGACAAACAGAUGGAUUUCUGUUGGGAUCCUUGGCAGAGGUGCUUCCAGACCACCAACGGCUACCUGUCCGACUCCAGGUCCUGCUCCAGCAACUACAACGUGGCAGCCCUGGCCACCUCGUCCCUCGUGGGGGUGGUGCAGAGCAUCAAGGACCACAUCACCAAGCCCACGGCCAUGGCGCGUGGCCGCGUGGCCCACCUCAUCGAGUGGAAGGGCUGGAGCGCGCAGCGGUCGGGCUGGGAGCUGUCUCCCGUGGACGAUGAGCAUUACUGCUGUCUCCCAGACGAGCUGCGUGAGGCCCGCUUUGCUGCAGGGGUAGCAGAGCAGUUCGCCAUCACGGAGGCCACGCUGAGCGCCUGGUCAUCGCUGGAUGAUGAGGACCUGUACCCCGAGAACAGCCCCCAGGACAUCACCCAGCUGCAGGGCACAGCCCUGUGGGCACCAGGGCCAGACCUGGACAGCAUCUACCUUCAGGACAGCCUCCCGAGCGGCCCCUCACAGGACGACAGCCUCCUGGCCUUCUCCCCGGGCCUGUCCCCCGACAGCUGGCCCUCGGCUGAGGAGCCCUCCAUCACAGCGGCCGGACCCCAGCCCGCCAGUCCCGAACAGCAGCACCGGAGGCGGCUGCCGGGGGCCCCGGGCCCCGAGGGUGGGGCCCGCCUGCAGGGCUCGCUCCCCUCGGUGGACAGCGGCUCCCUCUCGGAGGAGGAGGAUGAGGUGUUUUAUAACUGAGGGGCUGCGCCCCAGCCGCGCAGACACCGAGACCUCACUUGGCGGGCAGCCCAGGUGGUCGCGCCCGGCAUCCCUGGGCCCCCAGGGCGGGCAGGGGAGGGCGCCGCACGGCCGGCACGCCUGUGGACCAUCUGUGCCUCCCCCUUGACCUGGCCCGGGUGGGCGCCUCCCCUGCAGGUCCUGCCCUCAGGGAGUUCGAGGGCUCCAGACCCCAGGGCUGCUCACCUGGAGGAGGUGCCGGCCGGCCCCUGGGCAGACAAGCGGGGGUGGGCCUGAGAGGCCCCCCGGGACUGAGGCCUGGGGACCAGCCUCCGCCCUGGCUCAGCCCUCGCCCCACCCUCUGCUUCUGCCCCCGGAGUGGGGAGCCUCGCCUGGUGGCCCAGUAUCUGCUGCUCAGCUGUCACCAUGCAGAGACCCAUUCCUCGGAGGGUCUGUCGCCCCUCACUCUCUGAACCCUGGGGCCCAGCUCCCCUUCUCCGCACCCCCUCCCAUCUCCCUGAAGGGUCUCUGAAGACAUUAAAGUGGUGGAUUCACCCUG